AAGUUUUUCAGAGCGGUCAUGACCACAAGGAUGGCUCCCUUGGCUCGCAUCGUGACAUACAAUGUGCUGACGCCUCGUUAUUGCAAUGCCCAAGCCUUCCCUGCUUGUGAUCCUGCCGUUCUGGAGCCACGCGCUCGCUUGGAUAGCAUCCUUCAGCAGCUCCAGCCGUUCGUGGCUGACAAGUCCAUCAUUUGCCUUCAGGAGGUCGGGGACGAUUGGUUUGGCGCAAUGCAUGCCUUCUUUGCUCAGAAUGGCUAUUCACUUGCCCUGUACAACUACAAGCCCGUGAUGGGUGUGGGCAUUGCAUGGCCACAUGAGACGUUUGCCAUGAGUGACAUGCAGUGCCUGCGUGUGGGUGAAUACCUUGCUCCACGAGCACCGGAACCGGAAGAGCGUGAGGCCCUGGCACGCGCAGUACAAGAGGCACGCCGUGGACAGCAAAAGGAGCGCGAAGCAGCAGAGCAAGCGAAAGUGGCUCAGAAGGACGAAAGUCUGCUUGGUGGACUAUUCUCGCUCUUUGGCGCGGGCCAGGAGCAGUCUGAAGCCGUGUCAGCAAGCAAGGCUUCUAGCAUGGAUCCUGAAGCGGUGCCGGCUGAAGGACUCAGCACGCUCGCAGAUGUUGAUGACUCUGAGAGCAUGUCACUUGACGUGGAAUACGAGCAGUUGAUCACAGCGGCGCAGCGCAAAAACUGUCUGAUCCUGGGCCGCUUUACCGUUGCAGCUGACCCUGAUCAAGAACUGGUUGUUGCGACGUAUCAUAUGCCCUGCGCUUUUCGUUAUCCCAAGAUCAUGGGCGCGCACGCCGCAACAGUGGGUCAGCUGGUCCAAAAGUGGGCCCAAGAUGUGCCAUAUGUCUUGGCAGGUGAUUUCAACUUCCAGCCCGACUCGGACUGCUAUCAUCUUCUGACAACAGAGCCGGAUCACACCAACAUGGCCACAACACCCGACAACAAGUUUUGCGGCACACUGGAUUACAUCUUUCUUGCGCCCAAGCUGGGCGCAUCGGCGGCAAGUGUGAUACCCCAUCGCGAGAACGUCCAGGAUGGACCUUACCCGAAUGCGCGCGAGCCCUCGGAUCAUCUUCUAAUCUGGGCCGAUGUGCAUGUUGCAAAUUGA